GGCCUUCGAGGUACUUUUGGUUUUUCAACGGUACCAUGCCGCGGGGCACCCCAAGCUGUCAGACUGAAUUUCAUAUUUCAUAGAUUGACUCAUUAGGUAUUCGAUGAUUUCAUAUAGGUAGAGUGUAAAGUGCUUUUCGUCUUUACGGGUGUAACUUCCUGCCUUCGGAGGAAUUUAUCAAUCCCCUGUUGCAUCCAAACUUGCUGCUGUAGUGGCUGUUAACUAUGGUUAAUCUAGAGACCUCCAUUCAUAUCGGUAUUUGGUUUAUGGUUGGGGUAUCUCUUCUAGCUCUUGCUCUGAGACUUUAUUGUCGACUCUCCCGGCGGCGGCCUCUAUGGUGGGAUGAUUUUGUGCUUGUAGCUGCCUGGACUAUGGCUGCAACUUCCGGAGGCUUCAUUAGCGCAUUUGCAUCCCCAGGGUCCGGAAUCUCUAUCUCAGGGAGCGGCAGGAUCAUGACUUACUUCAACGUGUGUUCUGUGUUCUGCGGUCUCGCAUCAGCCUGGUCGAAGUCUGCCUUUGCUAUUACUUUACUGCGACUAGAAAGCGGACGAGGUCGGUAUUUCCUCUGGUACGCCCUUAUCUCCAUCAACGCCUCUUAUUUGUUGUACGUGGUCACGGCUUGGAACAGGCCUUGUGGUACGGAGGAUGAAGACGAUCUGUACAUUCCUGGCCCAUGUUGGAGCUCUACUGCCAAAAUGGCCGUACCACUCUCCGUUGUAGUAUAUUCAGCGGCUAUGGACUUCCUCCUUGCUUUAUUUCCUUGGAAGAUUGUCUGGAAAACCCGGAUGAGAAAACAAGAAAAAUUCGGUGUCGCAUUAGCUAUGAGUUUUGGGAUACUUGCUGGCAUAAUUGCCAUCAAAAGAGCCACCAACAUGGUUGGGAUGGAUCCCGUUGCAUCAUUCAAUUAUUUCUAUGGAAGGUGUAUACAAUGUGUUUAUAACUUAGCAGAACCAUGCGUGUCGAUCGUCGCCCAAACGAUCCCGAAUCUACGUGUGUUGUUCAUCAACGACACGCCUUCCGAGCCACUUCCAGCUGGACUGCCCGUUCCGCUUGGUUCUAGGAAAGGCCCUGGGACACGGGGCGUGUCGGGGGAUUCGCAAUGGCCCGUGUUUAAUGAGGAUGUGGAUUCUGCAAAAGAUCUGCGUAAUUUCGCAAAACCAACAUGAAGUACCUACUCUAGGUUACACACUAAAUGCCGAAAACACAUUUUUCUUCAGCAUUCUACCUACCUAUGCAAGUUUGCAAUCGUAUUUAGAUGUCGUCAUUGGGGUGUGUCCACUUCAAAUAUUGUUACGUAGCUACCUAGGUACCUAGUACGUAGGCACACCUUGAUCUUUGACCUUAGAACAAUAUAAUCUAGAUUGUUGGAUGAUGAGAAUACCUAGGUAAAUAUAUCUAGACCCUAGAAUAAUUUUACUAUUUAUAGAUACCUAAAGCUGA